AACAAAAAUAUGAUUGAAAAUUCAAGAAACCAUUAAAAAUGGAAUUAAUAGAAAGGUGUACCUUUUUACUUUGAAAAUCAUAAAAAAGCUUUAGAUUGGUAUCUUAUCACAAAUCAAUACACACAUCCACCAAAAUAAAAAAAAUCCCAUUCCACCAACCUCUCUCUCUCUCUCCUCCCCCCCUCUCUCUCCCCCACCACCACCUAUCACCACCACAUAUCACCACCACCACCACCUAUGGAUGCAAAAGAAACCACCACCACCACCAACAACAAAAAGAAACAAAAACACAAACACACAAACCACCAACCCUCCUCAACUUACUCAUUCAAACCCUCAUCAGAAGUCAAAGGCCUCCGGUUCGGCGGUCAACUCAUCGUGAAAUCCUUCACCAUCCGCCGUGCACGGCCCAUCGAAAUCCUCCGCCUCCUAUCUCUCCCCACCACCCACCACAAACCACCAAACACCUUCCCCUCCACCACCGCAUUCCUCCCCACAAACUUCACCAUCUUAGCCCACCAUGCAUGGCACACACUCACUCUCGGCCUAGGAACCAAAAAAUCCAAAGUGGUCAUAUUCGUGUUCGAGUCACAAACCAUGAAGGUGGCGGUGGACCGGUUGUUUCCGCCGGAGAUACCCUUAGGGGAAGUGAACCGGAAGUUGAUCAGAGGGUUAACCGGUUGCGAAAUGGCCCGGUUCAAGUUCAGAAAAGGGUGCAUAACGUUUUAUGUGUAUGCUGUGAGACAUAAGGGCAAUAUUGGGUUUUCAUGUGCUGAUGAUCUGAGGGUAAUAUUGGAAUAUGUUGUGGCUUUGAAUGAUUUUAUGGAUCAUACUGCUAUGCUUGCUAUGCCUAAUCAAAGAAGUAUUAACUUUGCUCCUCCUGCUGCUAUGGCACAUUAACAUUUUAAAAUUACUGUAUUACCCUUUCUUCAUCUGUUUUAUUUUUUUGAAAAGAAAAAUAUUGACUGGAUUAUUUUGUGGAGAUUUUUUUAUUAAAUUUUGUGUGAGAUAUUGUAUAAUUUAGCCAUCUUCUUUAGUGUGACUUAGGAUCAAUAAAUUGUCGUGACAGUUGUA